AUGAAGGUGCUCACAAUCGCCCCCUUCUUGGCGCUGCUUGCGGCUGUCGGGUCCACAUCGGCCUACGAGUACCCCAACAUUCCCUCCGACAAGACCACUCCCACUCAAACUCGUCUCUCGUUCAAGGAGCUCAACGCCGUCUCUGUCGCCUGGAACACCUACCAAAAGAUCGACAAGCCCUGCGUUGCGUACGGCACUUCGGCCAACAGCCUCACAAAGCGUGCUUGCUCGUCCACCUCGGACACCUACCCGACCUCGCGCACCUGGUUCAACAAUGUCGUGCUCAACAACUUGGCUUCCAACACCAAGUACUUUUACAAGAUCGACUCGACCAACUCCACCACCCAGUCCUUCACCAGUCAACGCAAGCCCGGCGACACGUCGGCGUUCGCCGUCAACGCCGUCAUCGACAUGGGCGUGUACGGUCUCGACGGAUACACCACCACCAUGAAGCGCGACAUCCCCUUCGUCCCUCCCAGUCUUACCCACUCGACCAUCGACCAGCUUGCUCAGAGUGUCGACCUGUACGACUUUGUCAUUCACCCCGGCGACUUUGCUUACGCCGACGACUGGUUCCUGCGCCCGCAGAACCUGCUCGACGGUAAGGACGCCUACGCUGCCAUCACUGAGCUUUUCUUCAACCAGCUGAGCGUCAUCUCGUCGGUGAAGCCCUACAUGGCAGGCCCCGGAAACCACGAGGCCGCUUGCCAAGAGGUCAACUACAAGCAGGGAGUCUGUCCCGAGGGUCAGUACAACUUUACCGACUACUCGCGCCGCUUCGGACCCAACAUGCCUACCACCUUUGUCUCGCAGAGCAAGGUGUCUGCUGCCAAGAACAACGCCACGCUGGCUCGUAGCCUUGCUCUGCCGCCGUUCUGGUACUCGUACGACUACGGUAUGGUCCACUUUGUCUCGAUCGACACAGAGACUGAUUUCGCCAAUGCUCCCGACACGCCCAAGCUUGGUGCCGGUCCGUUUGGACGCGCCAACCAGCAGAUCGAGUUCCUCAAGGCCGAUCUCGCCUCGGUUGAUCGCAAGGUUACGCCUUGGGUCAUCGUGAUGGGUCACCGACCGUGGUACAGCACGGGUGGAAGCGACAACGUCUGCUCGGAGUGCCAGGCCGCCUUCGAAGACAUCUUCUACCAGUACGGCGUCGACCUCUUCGUCGCCGGCCACGUCCACAACCUUCAGCGUCACCAGCCCAUCUACAAGGGCACCGUCGACCCCAACAACCUCAACGACCCCAAGGCUCCCUGGUACAUCGUCGCCGGUGCCGCAGGCAACAUCGAGGGCUUGGAAGGCGCAGGCGUCCAGCCAGCCUACACCGCCUUCGCCGACAACACCCACAACGGGUACGCGCGUCUCACCUUCCAGGACGUCAACCACCUGAAGGUUGAGAUGGUCCACUCGACCGACGGAGGAGUGCUGGACUCGGCCAUCUUGUACAAGAAGCACGCUGACCAGUUCGUUCAGCAGACACCUCCUGCUGCCAAGAGGAGGUCGUUGCUCGCAUCGAUGUUGAACCUUGGCAGCUCGAUCACGCGUGACGUUUAG